AACUAUUGUGUCUAUAAAACGCAGCCCACCCACUCCUCUGCUUACACCACUAAACAAAAUUAUAGUAACUUCCCACUCUCCUCAUCAAGUCUCUCAACUUCCAUCACUGCGUUUAAUUUCUUCCUUCUGCAUAAUUAAUAAUGGCAUUAAGGCUACAAUUGCAGAUGAGGGGGGUAGUGAUGAUAUUGGCCGUAUUAUUGGGACUGUGUUUGGGCAGCAAAAGAGGAGUGGUCCAGGGAAGAGGAAGAAGAAGAUUGAUGGUGGGUGAUGAUUUGGAGUACUCAUCCAUAAGCAGCUGCAGGGCACACAGCGCAUCGAUCGCGGAUUUUGGAGGGGUGGGAGAUGGGAAGAUGCUGAACACAAAAGCGUUUCAGGAGGCGGUGAACGAGUUGGGGCAGUACGGGGAGCAGGGCGGGUCCCUGCUCUACGUCCCCCCAGGGGACUGGCUCACCGCCCCCUUCAACCUCACCGCCAGCCACUUCACCCUGUUCCUGGACCGGGACGCCCGGCUACUCGCCUCCCAGGACAUUAGCGGCUGGGGGGUGGUGGACCCCUUGCCCUCCUACGGCCACGGGAGGGAUGCCGCCGGCGGGCGAUACAUCAGUCUCAUUUUCGCCUCAAACCUCACCGAUAUCGUCAUUACAGGGAACAAUGGGACAAUAGACGGGCAGGGGGAUGUUUGGUGGCAGCAGUUUCACAAGAAGAAGCUGAAAUACACAAGGCCUUACUUGAUUGAAAUCAUGCACUCUCAUCUUGUCCACAUCUCUAACUUGACCCUUCUUAAUUCCCCUACUUGGAAUGUUCAUCCCGUUUACUGCAGCAAUGUGAUUAUUCAAGGCCUCACUAUUCUAGCACCAGUAACAUCUCCAAACACAGAUGGAAUCAACCCAGAUUCUUGUACGAAUGUUAGGAUAGAGGACAACUACAUAGUAUCCGGAGACGACUGCGUGGCGGUCAAGAGCGGUUGGGACGAGUACGAGAUACGGUACGGCAUGCCGACGAGGCAGCUCGUCAUCCGGCGCCUCACCUGCAUCUCCCCCUACAGCGCCGCGAUCGCGCUGGGGAGCGAGAUGUCGGGUGGGAUCGAGGACGUCAGGGCCUCGGACAUCACGGCCAUCAACACGGAGUCCGGGGUGAGGAUCAAGACCGGGCCCGGCCGGGGGGGCUUCGUCAGGGACGUUUUCGUCAAAGGGAUGACGCUCCACAGCAUGAAGUGGGUGUUCUGGAUGACCGGGAACUACGGGUCCCACGCGGACAACAACUACGACCCCAACGCCAUGCCGGUGAUUACAGGGAUCAACUACCGGGACGUGGUGGCCGACGACGUCAAGAUGGCCGCCCGGCUCGAGGGGAUCCCGGGGGACGCAUUCACCGGGAUAUGCAUGUCCAAUGUGACCAUAGGGUUGGCAGUGAAGGCCAAGAAGUACCCGUGGACCUGCACUGAUGUGCAGGGGAUCACCAGUGGGGUGGUCCCUAAACCCUGUGAGGCACUGCCUGAUCAGGGUGGCCCGCCGGACUCCGGGAUGUGCGAUUUUCCUUCAGAAAAACUUCAGGUCGACAACAUAGAGCUCCAGAUGUGUUCUUACACCAAACAUUACUGAGAUUCUCAAUCAGAUAAAACAACAUAUGUAAACAAAAUAUUAUUAUUUGCUUGAUGAUGAAAUGGAAUGCUUAAUUUGCAGCU